AUGCACCACAAGCUGGAACUGGGCAUGGUAAUGGGUGCACACGACUGCACAGUCCCCAAGGCCGCAGCCUUGGACUACGUGGUCGGCUACACCCUGUGCCUGGACAUGACCAUCCAAGAUGUGCAGGACAAGUGCAAGAAGAAGGGGCUGCCCUGGACUCCUGCCAUGUCAGUGUUCACACCCAAAGAGAAGGUCCCUGACCCUCACAACCUGAAGCUCUGGCUCAAGGUCAAUGGUAAGCUCCAGCAGGACGGUGAGAUGUCCUCCAUGAUUUUUUCCAUCCCCUACAUCAUCAGUUAUGUUUCCAGCAUAAUGACUUUGGAAGAAGGAGAUGAUAUUUUGACUGGGAGGCCAAAAGAAGGCAGUCCUGUUAAAGAAAAUGAUGAGAUCCAAGCUGGCAUACAUGGGGUUAUCAGUAUGACAUUUAAGGCCAUAAUAUCCAGUCUAUAA